GGCUGACGUCCGAGGGCAUCUACCGGAAGAGUGGGCAGAACUCCAAGACCACCAGCCUGCUGGAGCUGCUGCGGCGGGACGCCCGCGGCGUGCGCCUGAAGGAGGGCGAGCACCACGUGGACGACGUGGCCAACACCCUCAAACGCUUCUUCCGCGACCUGGGCGACGGGCUCUUCACUGGGCGCUGGGGCCAGGACUGGCUGCGGGCCACGGCGCUGGAGGAUGAGGGAGCAAAGAUCGAGGAGUACCGGCGGCUCCUGGGCACCCUCCCCACGGUCAACCGGGCCACGCUCAAGGCGCUUAUCAACCACCUCUUUCGGGUCCAGCUCUUCUCCGGGGAGAACCAGAUGAACACACACAACCUGGCCAUUGUCUUCGGGCCCACACUCUUCCAGACGGACGGGAAGGACUACAAGGCAGGGCGCUUGGUGGAGGACCUCAUCAGCCACUACGUGGAGAUCUUUAAUGUCAAAGACCAAGAGAUGAAGAAGCAGCAGGACGAGAUCAUGGCCAUCAUGAAGAUGCGGGAGGCAGCGUCCAGUGGGACACAGCAAGCCGGGGACUUCAUCUGCACUGUCUACCUGGAAGAGAAGAAAACAGAGGCAGAGCAGCACGUCAAGAUCCCAGCCACGAUGACAGCUGAGGAGCUCACCUUCGAGAUCUUGGACCGGAGGAAAAUCGUGAUGAAGGAGAAGGACUAUUGGAGCUGCUUUGAAGUGAAUGAGAGGGAGGAGGCAGAACGACCCCUGCACUACUCUGAAAAAGUCCUGCCCAUAUUGCACUGCCUGGGCACGGAAAGUUACCUGGUGGUGAAGAAGCAGAUGUCCAUGGAGAACAUGCUCGUCUACCUCGCCAGCAGAGUGGGAGACAGCAAGCAUGGCAUGAUGAAGUUUCGGGAGGAGAGGAACCUGCUGGGGCUUGGCCUGAGCACCGGCUUCCACGACCGCUACUUCAUCCUCAACCACGCCUGCCUGCGCCUCUACAAGGAAGUCAGGAGCCACAAGCCAGAGAAGGAGUGGCCUGUCAGGAACUUGAAGGUCUACCUGGGCAUGAAGAAGAAGCUUCGGCCCCCGACAUG